GUCUCCCGGCUGCUGCGCCUGUUGCUCCCCGCGCGCGAUCACUGCGAGGGUAUUAAUUCAUUGCCUGCGCCGCGUCCCCCCCCCCCCUCCAUCCACCGGCUCCACAGUCUCUUAUGUCCACUGUUGUCAUCCAUUAGAGCAAAAGGUGCAGCGUUAAAUGCAGCUAUUUUAAUAACUGACGUUAAACACACCAGUGGUCAUGUACAAUGAGCACAGGUUGGACAUGCGGAGUGUAUCCUGCGUACCUCACUUAGUGGCAGCCUCUUAUUGUUCUAUGUAACCCACAGUAAAUGUCGCCUAUUAUUUAUUUAUUACUGGCCUAUUGCACACAAACGCAGCCCGUGGAUCCAGUAACAGACAAUUAACAGUAAAAGCUGCAGCAAUUCAAGCAAUACAUAUUUUAUAUGUUCAACUUAGCUGAUAGUGUUAUUAAUAAUACAAUAUUUAUUUUAGCCCAUAUAUAAAUGUUGAUAUUUAUGAUAUUAUUAAUUCUGCAGCCUGCAUUGUUUGGUUUUUCAAAUGUGAUGCACUUUUGAGAGUCGUAGCAGCUUUGCAUUCUCGUCUAAAGUGUUCUCCAGCUUUUUUUUUGUCCUCCCCCAUGAAUUUUAACUCCUCCUUUGACAGAUUCUUUAAAUGUGGCUCUUCAGUCAUUCGCAAGCUGCCACUGCGACUGAGCCUGCGUGAUUCGGAACAACCUUGGUUCACCUGAUUACUUUAUUACAGCGAGCUUGUUUCUACACACUCGCAACUGAACCUGUUUCAUACUCGUAUUUUUACGGCAUCUGGUCACAUAAUGAAUGCUGAUGACUGCAAUGGCCGCUCAAAUGCACAAGGGAACGGAGGACAGUCAUCAGCAGAGCAGGAGUUUUACGGUGCGGUGCAGGGCCCUGCAGUGAGAUCCCCAAACAGUCAGCACUCGUCACCAAACCGCUCGCUUAGUGCAAACUCCAUCAAGGUCGAGCUGUGCAGCGACGCGGAGUCGCCGGGCGGUCCACCGGCGGAGAACCCGGAGCCUGAGAAGGACAGCGGCAGGAGGGAUGACGGGGGGGACCCCGUGCAGGAGGGGGGCGCGGAGUUCUGCGGCGCCGAGCGGGACCGAGCGGGCCUCUACAACGAGGUGGGCGGCGCCAAAGCGUCCCCGUCCGGACCCAUCCGCCUGCCCAACGGGAAGCUGCAGUGCGAGGUCUGUGGGAUGAUCUGCAUCGGGCCCAACGUGCUGAUGGUGCACAAGCGCAGCCACACAGGCGAGAGGCCGUUCCAGUGCAACCAGUGCGGGGCCUCCUUCACCCAGAAAGGAAACCUGCUGCGCCACAUCAAGCUGCAUUCGGGAGAAAAGCCCUUCAAAUGCUCCAUUUGCAACUAUGCCUGUCGGCGGAGAGACGCCUUGGCCGGACACCUCCGCACGCACGCAGUCUCUUCUCCGACGGUGGGGAAACCUUUCAAGUGCAGCUACUGUAGUCGCAGCUACAAACAGCAGAGCACACUGGACGAACAUCUGGAGCGUUGCCAUAGUUAUCUGAAGAGCUUGGACCACCAGUCAGCCGUCAGCACGCAGACAGCGAAAGGUGUGGAGUCAAUGACCAUGGAGUCACGUGCAAAACCUGUGCUGCAGCCGUCCAGUGACAAAAUCCAGUUUGUGGACAGAAUGGCUAUUAGCACCAAACGCAAGAGGUCAACCCCACAGAAAUUUCUGGGUGAGAAGCACAUGCACCUUGACCUGCCCGAGGCCCCGUACGAAUUGUCGUCUGGCUCUGAAAAAGACGGCGACAUCAUGGGCCCUCAGGCCGCCGGGGACUCGGCGCCGGCCGCCUCCCACCUCCUGGGGGUCCGGGGCAAAGGCGACAACCACGGGUCGCCCACCCUGUCUCACCUCCAUCCCGUCUACCUGUCAGAGCUCCGCACAUUUAUGGGCUCUGUCAACAGCAACGCCACCCCUCAGGGCCCCCGAGGCCUCGCCGGAGGCGCGCUGGCGGCGGCCUCGCUCGGCCUGGCGGCGCGGGAGGCGGGCGAGGACCCGCCCUCGGCCUCCCCCAACGGCUGCCCCGACUCCACAGACACAGAGAGCACAGCCGAGGAGCAGAGCACAAGGGCUAGCGCCCCCACAAGUACCUCCAACAACCACCACCUCCACUACCAAACCCCAGCACUGACCCGCAGCCGCCCCACCUGCAGCCCCAGCCAGGCCAAAGACACGGACCCGGAGUGGGAGCGCGGCUGCCCGGCGCGGCCCGCCCGAGGGAAGGGCUCCCUCCCCCCCAGGGAGGCGGUCCAGGUGCUGGACCGGGACGGGAGGCCCGUCAGCUCCUUCCACUGCCGCCACUGCCACAUCCUCUUCCUGGACCACGUCAUGUUCACCAUCCACAUGGGCUGCCACGGCUUCCGCCAGCCCUUCGAGUGCAACAUCUGCGGCCACCGCAGCCAGGACCGCUACGAGUUCUCGUCCCACAUCAGCCGCGGCGAGCACCAGGUGGGCUGAGCGGGGGGGGGGGGGGGGGGGGGGUGGUUACGGGCUCACGUCUGCUCUGCACCAGAUCACUAGCUUUAAAUCCCCAGUAGAACAAUUCGUCAUCGCAGAGAGUAUCCUAUAAAUUCAAGCGGAGAAUCUUUACACCAUUUAAAAAGUUAACGGAGGUAAGUUACGUUUAGUGAAUAAUUCUAAUCAUUCUGCAAAGUGCCUUUUUGGAGGAUUUCCUCUCAGAAUUCAAAAACGUGGGGAAUGGUGCUCAUAGGGUUUGACCCGCCAUCCCACAGUUGUGCGUUUCCAUCUGGUGCAUCGUCUGCACUCAGUGCUUUGCUUUGUGGCGAGGGAAGGUGUCAGGGAGGCUCAACAUGCACUGAGAGCUCGGCGCCUCCGGGUUUCGGAGGAGCUUCGGCGAAGGACGGAGCACAGAAAUGGAUUGCCUUAACUCCCGCCGCUGCAGCUACGCGGCGGCGGGAACACUUACUGUUUACAGCACGGUUCUACAGUGUGAAGCCGCCUCAGAGGAAAAGCAGACGGGACGUUGCACAUGGAGACGACCUUCAGGGCAGAGGGGGUUCUGGCGGGUUUAAAGCGAGCCUUAGGAAGCUGGUGCAGAUCAGAGCGUGGGCUGCGGGCGUGGACCGGAACCGGGGCCCGACCCGACGGAGACGGCCCGGGGUGCUAAACCUACACAUUAUUGCACUUUUGGGUUCCCUGCUUGUAUACGAACGCCGUCGCCGACGCACCCGGCGGCUUCGCGACGUUCCUCCGCGAUUGUUCUGCUGCACUGACCAAUCACGUGACUGAUCUCGGAGUUUCGCAACCCCAGUGUUUCCUUGGGAGCCGGCCUUCUAGAGAACCCCACUGCAUUGCACUGGUUCUGCGGUCUACACUCAAGUUUGCUGCAACGUGUGACUGAGGAUUAAAAUAUCAGUUCAGCUGAAACGCUUUGUUGUUUUUUUUUUGGUUUUUGCUCUCAGCAGCUGAGGCUGAGACCCGAGAAGAUUUCCAUCACUUCAGCAAAUUAGCAAAUGAAUUAGACCUGUUGAGUUCAUCACUUGUGAUUAUCUAUUUAGUGUUGUUUGUUUCAGCCUUGGUGUAUUUAAUCAGCUAUAUUCCAAAUCUUAUCCAGCAUAUUCCUCAAGUCCAUGAAAUGUUACCUCCUGCUUCUUUAUAGCACCCAAAUACCUUAUUGCUACAGUACGGUGAGUUAUCUGAUCAUUUUAAUAUUGGGAACAUGAAUGAGACCAAACUCAGUAUUCUUACUUGUUAUUGUGGGUUUGCUGCUUCAUAGUUUAACUUCAUUUCCUUUAAUCGCAGGCAAAAUGUACUUGAAACUGUUUGAGAAAAAAAAAGUUAUUUAAAAAUGCACUUGGUUUGUAGAGAAGCGUGUGUGAAUGGAACAUAGCAUGUGUGCUUGUCGUUUUCCGCUUUUACUGGAGUUGUGAAUUAUUUUUGAAAUGUGAAGUAAUUUUAGAAAGUGAAAACGAGGCAUUGUUUUUGUCUCCUUGUGUGGACUUUUCAAUGUUAUAUAAUAUUUUGCGAAUGAUACGACAUGACAGAACACCUUACCUCAAAGUUUAAGAUGUACAACUGCCUCAUUAUUUCAAGAAGUCAUGUUGCUUUCCGAGAUGUUCUUGCAGUUACAAACGCGUGCCCCUCGAUAUUCUCAAAACUUUUUACUGUCAAUAAAGUUCAAGUUUGUUGUACAAGA